AGUAACUUGCAUUCAUUUUAGUGUUUAUUUUUAUUUUUUUUUUACCAAAGCAGCUUUCUCCACAUCUCCACUAUUGGAUCUUGGUUGACGUUUUUCCACCUGUCCGGCCUCUUCUUCCUCCUCCUCUUCCUCACACACCACCAGUGUGUGUGGAUCUGGUUUGUUAGAGUUUUAAGAUCAUCAUGGGCAGCAUGUUUGAUGUGUUAAAGUGGAUGUGGUUCCACAGGAACUACAUCAUCAUCGUCGUCACGCCUCUCGCCUUUCUUCCUCUGCCUCUGGUCGUUCCCACCCCGGAAGCAAAGUGUGGCUAUGUGAUCAUCCUGAUGACUCUGUAUUGGUGCACGGAGUGCAUGCCUCUGGUUGUGACCGCUCUUCUUCCCGCCAUCCUGUUCCCAACGAUGGGCAUCAUGAAGGCCUCAGAUGUCAGUGUUGAGUACUUGAAGGACUCCAGCAUGCUGGGUGUGGGCGGCUUCUUGGUGGCCAUCGCAGUGGAAAACUGGAACCUCCAUAAACGCAUCGCUCUCCGGGUUCUUCUCCUGGUCGGUGUGCGUCCAGCCCUGCUGAUGACGGGAUUCAUGAUUGUGUCGGCCUUCCUGUCCAUGUGGAUCAGCAACACGGCCACCACAGCCAUGAUGCUGCCCAUCUCUCAGGCUGUGCUGCAGCAGCUGCAGGCGACAGAGACACGGGCAGAAGAACGAGACCUCCAGAACGCAGCAGAAGAUAACCCUGGGUUUGAGAUGGAGAGCAGAAAAAUAAAGGAGGGAGUCCCAGAUGAAAAGAAUACAGACACAAAGGAAAAUGGCAUAGUUCUGCCUCCAGUGACUCCAGAGCCCAGGAGGAAAGCCAUUGAGGAAAAGUACAGCCUCCUGACUAAGGGGAUGAGCCUGAGUGUGUGUUAUUCUGCGAGCAUUGGUGGCACUGCCACCCUGACAGGCACUGCCCCCAACCUCAUCCUCAAGGGCCAAAUAGACAAGCUCUUCCCUGGAAAUGGAAACGUGAUCAACUUUGCCAGCUGGUUUGGCUUUGCUUUUCCCAACAUGGUGCUCAUGCUGGCAAUCUCCUGGCUCUGGCUUCACUUCAUGUUUCUUGGCUUCAACCUGAAGAAGUCUUUUGGUUGUGGCGUGAAAAGUGACAGAGAUAAAGAGGCGUAUGCAGUGAUGAGAGAGGAGUACAAGAAGCUGGGCGGCAUGAAGUUUGCUGAAGGAGCAGUACUCACCAUCUUCAUUUUGCUUGUGCUCCUGUGGUUCACCAGAGAGCCAGGCUUCAUACCUGGCUGGGCCACAGUUCUCUUCAACAAGGAGGAUUCGUUUGUGUCAGAUGGAACAGUGGCCAUCUUUAUGUCAAUGCUCUUCUUCGUCAUCCCGUCUCAGCUGCCCUCAUGUGGCAACUAUGGUUUCACAGAGGCAGGUAAGAGCAUUAAGGCACCUCGAACUCUGCUGAGCUGGCAGGUGGUGCAUGAGAAGAUGCCCUGGAGCAUCAUCCUGCUGCUGGGAGGAGGAUUCGCUCUGGCUACCGGCAGUGAGGUUUCAGGUUUGUCUAAAUGGCUUGGAGAUAGUCUGGCUCCCCUGCAGAAAAUCCCUCCGUUUGCCAUCUCCAUUCUGCUCAGUCUGCUGGUGGCAACAUUCACCGAAUGCUCCAGCAACACAGCAACCACCACCCUGUUCCUGCCCAUUCUUGCUUCAAUGUUUUCCCACCUGUCUGGCUUCUUCCUCCUCCUCCUCUUCCUCACACAACACCAGUGUCUGGAUCAGCUUCACGCCUACCAGGCCUUAGCAGAGUUUUCUAACACUGUUUUUAUUAGUUUUAAGAUCAUCAUGGGUAGCAUGUUGGAUGUGUUAAAGUGGAUGUGGUACCACAGAAACUACAUCAUCAUCGUCAUCACGCCUCUCGCCUUUCUUCCUCUGCCUCUGGUCGUUCACCCAAACUAUUCACAAGAAGCAAAAUGUGGCUUUGUGAUCAUCCUGAUGGCUUUGUAUUGGUGCACGGAGUGCAUGCCUCUGGCUGUGACCGCUCUUCUCCCUGUCGUCCUGUUCCCAAUGAUGGGCAUCAUGAAGGCUGGAGAUGUCAGUAUUGAGUAUUUGAAAGACUCCAACAUGCUGUUUGUGGGCGGUCUGUUGGUGGCCAUUGCAGUGGAGCACUGGAACCUUCAUAAACGCAUCGCUCUCCGUGUUCUUCUCCUGGUUGGCGUUCGUCCAGCCUUGCUGAUGAUGGGAUUCAUGAUUGUGUCGGCCUUCCUGUCCAUGUGGAUCAGCAACACGGCCACCACAGCCAUGAUGCUGCCCAUCUCUCAGGCUGUGCUGCAGCAGCUGCAGGCGACAGAGACACGGGCAGAAGAACGAGACCUCCAGAACGCAGCAGAAGAUAACCCUGGGUUUGAGAUGGAGAGCAGAAAAAUCAAGGAGGGAGUCCCAGAUGAGAAGAAUACAGACACAAACCUGCAGCAGGAGAAUGGAAUAGUUUUGCCUCAAGUGAUUCCAGAGUACAUAGAGAACAGCAGGAAAACUACGGAGGAAAAGUACACCCUCCUGACUAAGGGGAUGAACCUGAGUGUGUGCUACUCUGCGAGCAUUGGUGGCACUGCCACCCUGACAGGCACCACUCCCAACCUCAUCCUCAAGGGUCAAAUAGACAAGCUCUUUCCUGGAAAUGGGGAUGUGAUCAACUUUGCCAGCUGGUUUGGCUUUGCUUUUCCCAACAUGGUGCUCAUGCUGGCAAUCUCCUGGCUCUGGCUUCAGUUCAUGUUUCUUGGCUUCAAGUUUGUGUCAGAUGGAACAGUGGCCAUCUUUAUGUCAAUGCUCUUCUUCGUCAUCCCGUCUCAGCUGCCCUCAUGUGGCAGCUAUGGUUUCACCGAGGCAGGUAAGAGGAUUAAGGCACCUCGAACUCUGCUGAGCUGGCAGGUGGUCCAUGAGAGGAUGCCCUGGAACAUCAUCCUGCUGCUGGGAGGAGGAUUCGCUCUGGCUGCCGGCAGUGAGGUUUCAGGUUUGUCUAAAUGGCUUGGAGAUAGUCUGGCUCCCCUGCAGAAAAUCCCUCCGUUUGCCAUCUCCAUUCUGCUCAGUCUGCUGGUGGCAACAUUCACCGAAUGCUCCAGCAACACAGCAACCACCACCCUGUUCCUGCCCAUUCUUGCUUCAAUGGCCACAGCGAUCCAGAUACACCCKCUUUACGUGAUGCUGCCUUGCACCAUCGCUGCCUCUCUUGCUUUCAUGCUGCCUGUUGCCACGCCACCCAACGCCAUCGCCUUCUCUUUUGGAAACCUCAGAAUCUUUGACAUGGUGAGAGCUGGAUUCAUGCUGAACAUCAUUGGGAUCCUCUGCAUAAAUUUGGGYAUCAACACCUGGGGAUACGUCAUGUUCGACAUGGGCACGUUUCCUCAGUGGGCCAAUAACACCCACAGUAAACCCUGAGUGGAAGCACUGCCUGUAAAGCCUUUCAAAGUAUUUCUAUGUCUGUUAGCACAACAUCAUGAAGGUGGGGUGUGAUCAGAGCUGAGUAACAUAAAUUUGAUAACUUAUUUUAUGUAUAGGUUUUGAUGCAUAAGAGACAUUAUUCAGGAUUUCUCUGAGUCCCGUCCACUGACCAGUAAGAAAAGCUUUUAAAAAGAUACAACUGUCUUACAAAAUUAAAAAAGUCAAUUUGUCCAAAUUUGUAAAACUUAAAGGUUUCUAUUCCACCAAAGAUGACAAAAAUAAACUUUAUUUAAAUUAAUACAUAUCAUAGAUGUACAUGUAUUUAAUUAUGAUAUAGUGUACAUAUGUUUUUUCAGCAGCUUGAUGAAGUAUAAAGAAAAAACUUUAAUCAGUGCAAUUUUUAUCUUUAMACCCUUUUAACCUUGUUUAACUGAUAGGUACAUUGUUAAACYUGUUUAUUACUUCCUGAUGUGAAGCUCAGAGCAGAAGAAAAACAUUGGAGGUUUUUUCCAUGCACACAUUUUCCUGAAAKUGUCUUCACCUCAUUAUUAAUCUCAUUUACAAAUGUUGCAUAUAUCUUUCAGUGAUUUWAAAAAAAUCCUGUUACUCUAACAAACAUAGUCUURCAUARAAAGUUGAAAUAAAUGUAAAUUAACUUUAUGUGUUAAUUUAACUUAUUGCUGAAAGUUUAAUUACAAUAAGUUGUAACUUUUGGUUGCAUUUUUGGUUGUUGUGUUUUUUGCUCUACUGUUUUCAUCACAAGGACGUUUCCUAACUUGUAAAUACCAAAGAAUAUGACUUUUUGAUUGUUUACAUACUGUACUUUGUUUUUUAAAUCUAAUUUUUAAAAGAUGCACCAUUUAGCUGCUGAGCAAGUGAAAAAACACAGGCUUGUUCAUUUAAACUCAAAUUGUCAGGAUGAAGUGAUUUUGUCCUAAUAAAAUGACGUUAAAAUAUU